GCAAUCUAUGCUAAUCGGGCUGCCCGCGGGCGGGGCCGGCGGCCCUGACAGCCCGCGGAGAGCCCCCGGGAGCUGCACGGGCCCUGCCUCCCCGCCCGUGACGGGGUCCCGGUGCUGGUCCAUGCUGGUCCCCGCCUUUGUUCUCGGGCGGGAGCCGGGACAUGCGCGGCUGAGGAUGGAGGUGGAGGACUCGGGCGGCGUGGUGCUCACCGCCUACCACUCGUACGCUCGCUCCCAGCCGCCCAGCGCCGAGCCGCGCUGCGCGCCCCGCGCCGCCGCCAGCCUCCCGGGCAGCAGAAAAUCCAUUCCUCGCUGCCGAAGAAUUAACAGGAUGCUCUCCAAUGAAUCCCUCCAUUCUCCUGCAUUCAGCCGCUCCAACUCACAAGCCUCCGUGGACAGCGCCUCCAUGGACAGCACCUCCAUGGAGGAUUUCUGGCGGGAAAUAGAAAGCAUUAAAGAGAACAGCAUGGGAGGGCAGGAGGAGCAGGCACCAGCUGAGGUCAAGCCUGUGGAUGAAGGAGAACUUGAAGCAGAGUGGUUGCAAGAUGUGGGUUUAUCAACCCUGAUCUCAGGUGAUGAAGAGGAGGAUUGCAAAGCCUUGCUCUCCACAUUGACUCGAACCCAAGCAGCUGCAGUGAAAAAGAGAUAUAAUACUUACACUCAAACCAUGAGAAAAAGGAACAAGCAGUCUGUCAGGGAUGUCAGAGACAUCUUUGGAGUCAGCGAAUCUCCUCCAGAUGCUGCUUCUCUCAACAGUACUACCUUGUCAGAUGGGUCCCAGGAUGAAGAAGGGAAGUUUGCACUUCCCGGGAGUGGCUCUGUGUCCAUCCUUGAGACUAUUCCAGAUAUACCAGUUCAUUCCAAUGGAUCAGCAGGCCCUGGACAGUCAGUCCAGAAUUCCGUGAGCGAUGAUGAUUAUCAGGUAAAGAACAUUCCACCUGAGGCUGAAGAGCUGUCCUUUGAAGUAUCUUACUCAGAAAUGGUUACAGAGGCUCCAAAAAGAAGUAAAUUUAAGAAGUCGGAUUUUAAGAAAGAAGACUAUGUUUUUACUAAACUUGUUGUUCAGAAAACCAGAUUUGGCUUAACUGAAGCAGGGGAUCUGUCUUCAGAAGACAUGAAGAAAAUCCGCCACCUCUCUCUGAUUGAGUUGACGGCCUUUUUUGAUGCCUUUGGAAUUCCACUGAAGAGAAACAAAUCAGAGAAAGUAAAAGGAAGAGACAACGGGAUUUUUGGAGUUCCACUUACAGUCCUAUUGGAGAGUGACCGAAAGAAGGACCCUGGAGUAAAAGUGCCCCUUGUGUUACAAAAAUUUUUUGAGAAGGUUGAGGAAUCGGGUUUGGAAUCUGAAGGAAUUUUUCGACUUUCAGGAUGUACUGCCAAAGUCAAGCAAUACCGUGAAGAACUGGAUGCCAAGUUUAAUACCGACAAAUUUAAAUGGGACAAAAUGUGCCAUAGAGAAGCUGCAGUGAUGUUGAAAGCCUUUUUCAGAGAAUUACCCACUUCUCUCUUCCCUGUGGAAUACAUACCUGCCUUCAUCACGCUAAUGGAAAGAGGGCCUCACAUCAAAGUACAGUUUCAAGCUUUACACCUCAUGGUCAUGGCACUGCCUGAUGCCAACAGAGACACAGCUCAGGCCCUAAUGACAUUCUUUAAUAAAGUGAUUGCCAAUGAAUCAAAGAACCGAAUGAGCAUAUGGAAUAUUUCUACUAUAAUGGCACCAAACCUUUUCUUCAGUAGAAGCAAGCAUUCUGACUAUGAAGAAUUACGCUUAGCAAACACUGCAGCCCACAUCAUCCGCCUAAUGCUUAACUACCAGAAAAUUCUGUGGAAGGUCCCAUCUUUCUUAAUCAACCAAGUCCGAAGAAUGAAUGAGGCCACCAUGUUGUUAAAGAAGCAGCUCCCAAGUGUCAAAAAGUUGCUAAGGAGGAAGACCAUAGAACGAGAGGUUACAAGCCCCAAGACUUCAAAGGUACUACAAAAAUCACCCUCUUUAAGAAGAAUGUCUGAUGUGCCAGAAGGCGUCAUAAGGGUCCAUGCUCCACGUCUCUCGAAGGUUUCCAUGGCCAUUCAGCUCAGUAGUCAAACCAAAGCCAAAGACAUACUGGCAAAAUUUCAAUAUGAGAACAGUCACAGUUCUUCAGAAUGCAUUAAAAUUCAGAACCAAAGGUUAUAUGAAAUUGGAGGAAAUAUAGGACAGCAUUGCUUGGAUCCAGAAGCUUACAUAUUGGAUGUAUAUCAUGUAAAUCCUCAAGCAGAAUGGGUCAUUAAACCCCAAUCAAGUUUUUGAAAUACCCUUAAGAUGGCAGCUGUUAUGUUUAAUAUGCCAAGAAAAUUCUACAUUAAGUAGGGGGGUUAAUGAAAAAGGCUGCUUUUGACAUGUUUCUUCCUAUAACCCUCAUGGUGUUUCUCAGCCUAAGUUGUGUCGCCCAGCAUUGUCAGCGUGAACUAUGGAAGAGGAUAUGGCUAACCAUUUGAACUAAAGCUUUCUCAUGACAGUUCCUUGAUGAGGGUGCAAGUAAGAAGUCAUGAUCCUUUUGAAGAGAGACCCAACGAGAACAGUAAUUCUGACCAUUGCUAGUCUGUUGGCUACAGCAGAAAUGAACUUGAUCCUGUAUCUAAGGAUAAGAAACAGCUCUCUGUGUAGCAAAUGCUACCAAACACAAGAGGUGGGGAAAAAGACUUUUUUAUACAUAUGCUAUAUAUUACAUAUAUUGUCCUGUUUAAGCAAGAAUGCCAGAAAUAUCAGUAACUUCCACUCUAUAAAAUAAUUCAGCUCUACUUUCCAGUGGAAUCAGUUUCUAAAGUUACACUACACUAUUUAUGCUCUGACUUACUCCUGAAUUGGAGAAGGAGACACUUCUGUUUAAAGACACUGUACUAUUAUGUACGUUGUACUGUAUCAUGAUAAUCAGCAUUCUGGUGCAAAUGAACAUUUCUUUUUCUUGGACUGGUGAAAACUUACUUUUAUAAAGCUUAUUCCCUUAUGAGCACAGGGCCCCCUAAGCAAGCUUAGUUUGACCAAGGGUAUUCUUGUGUUCUCAUAACCUUCUGUGUAGUCAAAAGUCAUAGAGCCUCUAUUUUUCUCUUCAUGAUUAUGGUGCUCAAUGAAUAGCUUUCCAUGUGCCGGGCAUUGAUUUCCUUUUCUGAUCAAACAUAUCACUUUUUAUAUUUUACAACUGUAGAUAGUCACUCCUGCAACCCCCCGCUCAAAAAUACAGAACUGUCUUUAUCCAAGAGUGCUUAAAAAUACCGUUACAUUCAGAUUUUCAUGCUGUAAAAGCAGGUUUUGUUUCUGUUCAUCAAUCAUAGUCAUGGCCAAGCACUGGGGAUUAGUAUCAGGUUUUUAAAUCAGAUGCAUAUUUUGUAAGCGGAAAACUGUCUCACUAUCAAGAUCCUGUGGAGCCAUUUUAGACCUGAAAUUGAUAAGAACACACAGUCCCCGGGAUUGUAAUUGAAAGCAAAUCUAAAAUAUGCAGAAGGGUCAGACAGCUCUGCCUUUCAUCUUGAGAAUGCAGAUAUAGUCCUUCUGGGGUGAGCUAGAAAUGGGGCUGACGUCUCAUUUAUCCCACAUGUUUUGGAUUAGAAUCCCCAGAUUGGUAUUUUGUUGCCUUUAUAUCAGUUUUAAUGAGCUUUGACACUCAAAUGACUCUCUUGCAGUUCAAACAAGAGACAAAAUUGCUCACAAUUGCAGAAAACAUAUCUGCUUACCAAGUCUCAAAACAUAAUGUGAUAAUAAUUAAAGCCCACAUAUAUAAGAAAUUUUUAUAUGCUGCAUUAUGCCUUGAUGUCUAUAAAAACAUUGCUUAUAUUCUACAUGUAGAUAAUUCAGUUUCUGGUCAUUAAGAUUUUGUUACAUUUUUGUAGAAAACUCAAAUAUCUAUUCAUUUUAUUUGUUUGAGAAUUCUCAUUUCCUUUUCCUGAAAACGCAUUAGGAAAGAAGCAUGUUCUGUAAGUUUAGACUUACAUUUCAUUAGCUUUUGGUAUGUGGGUAAUUGAUGACAUAUGAGUUUACAUAAUGAAUUUCAAGAGUCUGAAAAAAUGCUUUUAUCAUUUUUGCAAUUUAAACAACAGGAAUAAACAUUUCACUUGAUGUUGUUGCUAAGUUCCAAGACAUAAGAUGGCAGUAAUAUAUACCUACACACAUGGAAGAAAUUCUUCAAAUUAACUACCUUACACUUCUAUGUAUAUAUGAAAAUAAUGAUUGAUUUAUCUCAUUGUAUUUCUUAUCAUUUAGAAUAAAUUGUUUAUAUAGAAAAUCCAUGCACCUAGUCAUUCAGUUUUUUAUUUAGGAAUUUUCUUUUUUUUUGACUGAAAAUGCAUUAGAACCUAUACAGAAGUUCUAAGGAUUUCAAGAUUUACCUCACUUGUCAUCAGUUUUAAAUAAAUAGCUAACAGAUGACAAGUAAAAACAGUAAGUUUCUGAAUUUCUUAGCCACUUUGUGUGUUUUCAUAGGUCAGAGACUUAACUGAGUCAAUUACUUUAAAUUAAUCACUCUAAUCAUUAGAGUAUUCAAGGAUCUGUGACAACUUUCAAAUAACUAUUAUAUAGAAGGCCACGUCAAUACCAAUAGCAUUAUCCAAUGAUAACUUCUAUUCUUAGUCAUAGGGCUAACUGAUUAGAGAAGAAUUUUCAGUAGACACACAGACGAAUUUUAUGUGAAUAAAGAGGGUUUGUUUUUUGUUUUGUUUUUGUUUUUACUAAUUUUAUCUUUAAAGAGUAAACAAACCCUUACAAUUGAAAUUUAAAAAUGCAUGCCACAUAAGUAUUGAAAAACUAGUCUUGCCUUAUCAAGAGCUGUUUUAAAAUAGUUAUGGUAAUCUGUAAAAAUGAGUAGUAUAUUUGCAAACAAAAGCCAUCAGACUGGGCUUUUCAAUUCUGUUUUUAAUGCCUUCACACCCCACCUCACCCCUACUGCCAUUGGUGUACAGUUAGGAAAAUAAUAUCCAGGAAAGAACUAGAGAAAAUUAACAUUUUAGGAACACUUAUUCGUUUA